AUGCCGUUGCACGCGGACCUGUGUACGAUCCUUCAAAACGCCUCGCGCGCACGCCUGCGUUCGAUCCCACUCGCGUCGACCAAGGACAACCUCUCGAUCCUCUCUAUCCUCCUGCAGCACGGCUUUAUCCACAAUGUGGUGCGUGGCACCCAGACCGGUCCGAGUCCAACCUCGUACACGGCGGCUAGCCCUGCGGCGCGUCGGCUGUGGGUCGACCUCAAAUUCCGUCCCGACGACCGCCCCGUGCUGGAGAAGAUGAACGUCGUGUCGAAACCGUCGCGCAAACUCACCAUGGACAAGGACGAGCUUCUGAGACUCGCAACGGGAAGGCGAGCCAAGUUCGUAAAGCCCCUCGAUAUGGGCGAGAUCGGCAUCGUGGAUUGCGGCAAGAACGGAUGGUGGGAGGUCCGCGACGCUAUUCGUCGGGGACCACCAUCAGCGUGGCCACUCCACACCGCAUCUCUGGACACGCCACGUUUUCUUCUCGACAUCGAGCAUCUGGGGUCGGCAGUACUGGUCCAGUUUCGAUCGCCCAUCCAUCAUCACCGAAUCAUGUUUGGACUCGGUUCGGCGUUCUACCUCAUCCUCUUCAUCACCAAUGCGCUAGCUGUGCUUUCGGAAGACCGAUUCCUUGCAAGAGUGGGGUGGUCAUCAAACUCGCUCGCAAACGCACAUUCGUUCGAUCAGGGCUUUUCGCAAGCCGGGCCGUAUGCGCAGAACGAUGUCACCGUCAAGGCAAGACUCAUCAACCUCAUUUCCGCCGUAAGAACACUCAUGCGAAUCCCAUUGGUCGCGAUCAACAUCGUCGUCGUCAUUUACCUCAUUAUCCUCGGCUAA